GAUAAUUCUUUCUUUUGGCGAGCGAAAACGAUGUCUCGCCAAAUUACAGCAAGACGCUUGCAAUAAAGUAAAACCAGCUCGUCGUAUUUCAGUUCAUGCAAAAUUACGCCUAUAUAAACCCUCCCCAGAAUAAUCAGCUUCUUUAUUUCUGAUUUCUCUCAUUUUUAUUCGAAAUGCGCUUCAACACCUUGGUCCUUCUCUUUGCUGCAGUCAUCCUCUUUACCGUAGGCAAUGCACAAGUGACCUCCGUCAUCUCUGUCAUCACUGGUUCUCCCAGUGGCGUCAGAAGCAAGGUCAGCUCUGUCAUCCACCCCAGCAGCAAAUCUGGUUCUAGCGCGAUUUCCUCUGCUUCAGCUACCUCGGGCACUACCUCUGCCACCUCUGCCACCACUGGAGCUACCUCCGGUACAGCUACUAGCACUGGUACCCCCGCCUCAAGCGCUGCUGCCACUACUGACGUCUCUCAAACCGUCAUGUUGCAAUUGGCUGGUCUUUUGACUAUCUUUGCUGUCAGCUUCGGCAUGAUGCUUGUCUAAGCCGACGCACUUUUACAUAUUGUAAAUUUCCUUGCUACAAAUCUCGCCGAAUUUUUUUUGAAAAUAAAAUAAAACAACAUGUUUGCCUAUAAUGAUCCCGC